UGGUUUGCUUUUUGCAUGCACAGGUCCAUUAGGCAUCUGCAAGAAGCAUCACAAACAGAUGGCAAGGCAGCUAUCAACCUGGAAAAACUCAAGCUGUUCCGGCACUUCUAUGUCAUGAUUGUGUGCUACAUCUACUUCACCAGGAUAAUUGUGUUUCUGCUGAAGAUCACGGUGCCCUUCCGGUAUGAGUGGCUGGAUGAGCUGUUCCGCGAGGGGGCCACACUCAUCUUCUUUGUGCUGACGGGCUACAAGUUCCGGCCCACUCAGUCCAACCCCUACUUCCGCCUCUCCCAGGAUGAUGAGGAGGAAAUGGAGGAAGUGCUGACUCAAACUGGGCUGACGGAGAAUGUAUCCAAGACACUGCGCAACAGGGACAUUCACGACGACAAGGGCACAACGGCCACCAAACGCGAAAGCAGCCACGAGUAUGACUGAAAAGGGGCAAGGGAGGCAGUUCCCACCUUCGACCGACGGAGCAAGGAAACACGCGAGCGCGUGCACUUGGCCACUGGUCAUGCCGGCGAGCCAGACCAGCCACUCCCGAUACAAAUCUUUGCUGUCCUAUUGACUGCAUUCUGAAUUUCACUCUUUAUGAAGCGUUUGUUUCCAUUCCUCUGCUUUCUUUCUUUUUCUUUAUUUCUCUCUCUCUUUUCCUGUCAUGUUUCUUCGAAACAGCACAUGUCAUGGCACUUUUUUUUUUUUUUUCAUUCACAUGUGUAGGUGUGAGGUCUGUGUUGCUCGCUAAGUGUGUCAAUUUCAUCAUUCCUAAUUCUACUUCACGGUCAUCAUCAGCUUGGUGUUAUGAGCAGAAGAGUCUAGCAAGUGCACAUGCAUGUGAGGGACUCAGGCAUGUGAGGCGCACUUUGCCUUUUAAUUUUUCUGAGGCUUUAUUAGGAUUAUUAUUAUACUGGCCCCUACGUGUUGUGUGCUAGGAACGCACGCUUGAUGUUUAUGCUCGGAUGCACUUUGCCAUAUCUUUCAAUAACCUGUUGUCCUGUUCUUAUUUUUUUUCUUUGCAGUUGUAUCCUGAGACGAUGUUGCUGUAUUUAUGUAGUUGAAGCGUUAGUAUUGCAGCUUCCUGGUGUAUGUUGUCUGCACUUUCAAUGCUGGUGUUACAAUAGUCUUUCCUUGUUUUUUUUCUCUCUCUCACUUCCUUCUUCUUAAGUUAAGCCUUAAUCUAUCGCACUCAUAGAAUGCGUGGUACGAGAAUAAUUUAUGGCGUAAAAAUAAAUUGGUGGGUCCUUAUAACACAUGCUCGUUUAGUGCCCCCAUCUGUCUGGCCAUCCAAUAUUAAAGAGAAAUGCUUUAUAUAUAUAUAUAUAUAUAUAUAUAUAUAUAUAUAUAUAUAUAUAUAUAUAGAGAGAGCACAUGGCUAGAUGUAUGCUACCUAGCGCCACUUCUGCCUAGUCAUGGGCACCUGUGCUAGAUGGAGGAUCUCACGCUCCCUUUCUGUUUUGAUCUGUGUUGAGUUUACAGACUAUUUCAAAUAAAGAACGCAAUUGAA